AACAAAAAAUAGGAGAGAAAAAUUGAAAGAAGAGUGGAGAUAAUGACUAGCAAUUUUAAUCAUGGAGUUUUCUCUGGCAUUCCAUGUGCAACAAUCACCUCUUCCCACUUAUUAUUUAACAUUACACAUAUAUAUUAUAUAACCAAUUCCCCUUCUUUUCUUUCAAAACAAUCUAACAUUGUACUUUGAUUUAACAACCCCCCACCCCCUCUCAACCAUAUAUAUCCUUAAAUUCAUCUAUCUUUUCCCUGAAUUUGAGGAACAAAACUGAAAAACUCCCUUCUAAAACUUUCUCAUAUAUCCUUUUAGUAUUCAAGAUGAGUAAUCUUACUUCUAGUCCUGCACCUUGUAGUAGAUCAUGGUCAAUUAGUGAGGAUUCAUUGAGAAGAUAUGUGUUCUAUGCAAGUGAAAAUUGCAUCCAAGAAUUGUUAUCAGCUUCAGAUUCAAAAAGUUAUAACGAUGGCUGGAAAAUACUAGGCGUAGAUAACGGCGUCGAGAUAUCUAAACGCCGUUCAGGUUCACUUCACACUUUUCGUAGCCGUUGGUUGCUUAAAUCUGUCUCUCCUCAACAAUUCAUCACUGUAGCUAACGCCAUCGAUGCUGCACGGCAAUGGGAUGGGGACCUAGUAGAAGCAAGAUAUAUAAAGGAUUUGGAAGAUAAUUUGAGUAUUAUACGCCUUAGAUUUGGGGAAAACUCAAAGCCACUCUUCAGAAACAGAGAAUUUAUUGUCUAUGAACGUCGUGAAACUAUGGAUGAUGGUACCCUGGUAGUAGCAGUAGCUUCUCUUCCAAAAGAGAUAGCAGCAGGUUUGCACCCAAAGCAAAACAAUGCAAUACGAGGUCUACUGUUGCAAUCUGGAUGGGUUGUUGAGAAAAUUGACCAUGAUUCUUGCAUGGUCACUUACGUUGUUCAGUUGGAUCCAGCAGGAUGGUUACCAAAAUGCUUCGUGAAUCGUUUGAACACAAAGUUGGUCAUGAUCAUUGACAACCUUAAAAAGCAAGUGCUCUCUAGCCCUACCAAUAGUGAUGAUAGUACUUGAUUAAUUACUACUUUGUACAAAAACCCCUCCCCCCUCCCCCCCCAAAAAAAAAGAGAAGCAUAAAGAUGAGAAGAGAAGUGAGUAAUUUUUUUAUUAUAUAGUUUUGAAUAUAUAAAUAUUAACUUCUUUGAUCAUAAGUAAAAGCCACUACCAAAAUAUUAUUAUUUUUGCAUUGAAAUUUCCCAUUGAAAAAUAUUAUGUGGCUAUUUUCAUAAAGAUUUUAAUUGUAUUAGUGAGGAAAAAAAUAUUUAGUGACUAUUUAGAGUAUUUCAAUGGAACCUGAUUUUCACCA